AAUUAUAGCUCCUAGCUUCCCCCCACAUAGUCGUACUGUGGUCUCCCAUUAUCAAUUUCAUGCCCCCACGCUCUCUCUCCCCCUCUUUAUCAAUACCAGGGGAGGAACAACUCCAGAAAGGGAAUGGUCAAAUCUCUAAAUAGCUUUUUAUUCACUUCUCAAACACCUGCCGCUUCAUUACCCUUAUUAUCUGUUAGUUUCUCCCCUUAAUCUCUGCAUCGUCAUCAGCGUGUGGUAUCGAAUAACAGCUGCAACAAGUGACGAAGAUGGCUGUCCGAGGUAUCAACAUUGAGAAUCUAAAUUUCCUAAACCUUGAAGUCCUUAUCUCCCUAGAUUAUUGAGUCCUGAGAUCAGGGUUGCCUCUGCUGCAAGCGGUUGAUAUUAUGUUUUUCAGUUUCUGUUGGCCAACAUGAUUCAUCUUGGGUGCAAAGAAAUACAGAUGACAGUGGAGUCCAGGAUAAUGCUUCAAGAUUCCUGUAACUGGUCCUGAUAUCUGAUCCAAGUAGAUCAUUCCGAAGUAAAUAACAAGAAUAAGAAUCAUUCAGCUUCAUUAAGUGUACAAUGGCCGAAAUACAUCCAAAGGCUAAUAGGAAGUCUUUAAAGAAUCCCGACCUCAAGAGAGCAGCUUCAAAUCCCAAGGAUCAGCCUGCUAAGAAACAACCUCGGAAAGGAGAAAACCCUCUUCGAAUUCCACCAGCUACAGAGCUAACUUCCGAUUUUAAUUGUAUGGAUUCAUGGAUCUGUAAAAAUUCUGCCUGUCGAGCAACUCUUUCAAUUGAUGACACAUUUUGCAAGAGGUGCUCUUGCUGCAUCUGUCAUUUAUUUGAUGACAACAAGGACCCAAGUCUUUGGUUGGAAUGCAUAUCUGAAUCUGGCCUGGAAGACUCUUGUGGCUUAUCUUGCCACAUUGAAUGUGCCCUCCAACAUGGGAAGGUGGGAGUUGUUAACCUUGGGCAGUUGAUGCAGUUGGAUGGAAGCUAUUGUUGUGCUUCAUGUGGCAAAGUUUCAGGGAUACUUGGAUACUGGAAGAAGCAGUUAACUGUGGCUAAGGAAGCUCGACGUGUAGAUAUCCUGUGUUAUAGAAUAUUCUUGAGUUAUAGGCUGCUGGAUGGAACUUCCAGAUUUGAAGAACUCCAUGAAUUUACUAAAGAAGCGAAAGCCAAGUUAGAAACAGAGGUGGGCCCAUUGAAUGGUGUUUCAUCCAAAAUGGGCCGGGGCAUUGUCAGCAGGCUAUCUGUAGCUAGUGAUGUGCAGGCAAUCUGCUCCCUUGCCAUUGAGAAAGCUGACGAAUUGCUGGCCUCAAAAUCUAGUGCUACCAUGAACUGCAUUGAGGAUUCUCUUCCCGCAGCUUGCAAAUUCCUCUUUGAGGAAGUAACAUCAUCUUCAGUUGUAGUUAUAUUGAUAGACUUAUCUACUGCAUCCUCUGAUGAUAUUAAGGGCUACAAACUCUGGUAUUGUAAGACGAGAGAAGAAACUCAUGGAAAAGAACCUGUCUGUGUCUUUCCAAGAUCUCAGAGGCGGAUUUGGAUAUCUAAUCUGCAGCCUUGCACAGAAUAUACCUUCCGAAUUAUAUCCUACACGGAGGCUGGUGACUUUGGACACUCUGAGGCUAGGUGUUUUACAAAGAGUGUAGAGAUAAUUCACAAGAAUUUUGACUCUGUUUCAAUUAAUUAUCAGAAGGAGAAUUCAGACGGUGGAGGAAGCCCUGGUGCCAAAACAAAGCACAGGACUGAAACAGACAUCGAAUUGGACUCUGGUUUUAAAGUACGAGACCUCGGUAAGAUCUUAAGGUUAGCUUGCAUACAAGAACAGGGAGGUUUCAGUGGAUUCUGUGGUUUAGAUAUUAACAAAAGUUGUCGAGUCUGUGAUGUUAAGCCUGAAACUCUACAAGAAGAUAGGUUGCCAUCCUUUCGACGUGGGCUUGACCUAAAUGUUGCUUCAGUUCCUGAUCUGAAUGAAGAGUUUACCCCUCCAGUCGAUUCGUCGAGAGAUGAUGAAUGUGGUUUAGGGCAGGGUGUUGAAGCAGAUGACGAUGCUUUCUCUCAUGAUCUUCGGAGGAAUGGUUUAGCAAGGUCACAUGGCAGCGGUGACUCGCACAACUGGAAUCACGGGAAAAAUGGGGAAGUACCAGCUGUUGAGUCCCAGGUAGAAGCUGGCCUGAAGAGAACGCGUAUGAGCAAUGGAGAGAUGCAGGAUUCUGAUAGCACUCUAACAAAUGGAUCACAAUUGCAAGUGUACAAUGGGCCAGGAUCCUUGGAUGAGAACUUCGAAUACUGUGUAAAGAUCAUUCGUUGGCUCGAGUGUGAGGGUCAUAUUAAACAGGAGUUUAGAUUGAAGUUUCUCACUUGGUUCAGCUUUAGGUCCACAGAGCAGGAACGUAGAGUAGUCAACACUUUUAUACAAACUCUAAUUGAUGAUCCAAGUAGUUUGGCAGGACAGUUGGUUGACUCCUUUUCAGAUAUUGUAUCCAGCAAGACACCGCGAAAUGGUUUCUGUAGUGAGCUUUGGCAUUAAAUUAUCUGGGUUCGUGGGAACAGAAUAGUGCUACAUGGGAACCAGCAGCGCUAUUGCCUUGAUAUUUAUAAUUCCUUCGAUUUAAUUAUUGCUGAUCAUCUGAUGGCGCACUAUUCGGGCGUGUGGAAACAGAAUACUUCUAUUGACUUGAGAUCUAUCAUUUAUUUGGUAAAUUAUUGCUAAUCAUCCUGUUGGUUAUUUGUAAAGGUAUUUUUUCCGCAGGUCACUUCUGAAGUGAUUCAUUUUUUAAGCCAACAAAGCCAUUACUAGAAGAUGUGGAUUUCUGCUUAUGAAGAUGGUUCCUGAUUUCUUUUGCCGAGGCCACAGUGGAAAUGAUGUUACAAUAUAGUAACCAUUUCCAUUUUAAACUUAAUUGCACUUGCUGUAGUAGAAAAAUUUGAAUUCUAGGUUCCAUUUAGAUAUUGUUGGUGGUGUUUCUUUCUAUUAAUGAUCGAAGAGUAGAUGAAUUACUUAGUUUUAGACAUUUUUACUUAAUUGUAACUGGUUCGGCAAAAUCAUUCUCUUCUAGUCCUGCUUUAUUCAGCAAUAUAUUGCGUUUCCAUGGCUGUAAAAUUUGCAGCUGAAAACAGUUAUUUCAUGUGCUAUAUUGCCAUAUUGAAUCAGUUCUGGUUUAUAUGUGAA